AUGGACGCGUCACAAGCCGCGUCUUUCGUCCGGGAACAUCGCAGUUCCCUGCGAGAGUUCAAUUUCCAAAAUGUGGUACUUCGUAGCGGUAAUUGGGACGACGCACUCGCGCCAUUGACACAACUCAGCGGCGGCGAAGGAUGGAGGCAGGGCCAGCGCGAAGCCGACACUGCGGAUGUCCCAAUAGUGUUGAGUCCAGCGGGAGUCAGCCGGAAGCAGUUACAGAAAGCGAUUUGCGCUUUGCAGCAACAAAGGGAACAGAGGACGCUAAGAAGCUUGGCCAAAGCGCGAUCUCGGACACGCGAGCUGCUGUGGGGGAGCCCGGAUCAUAUGAAGCGAUUGCUGAGGUCUUCGGUGUUUAGUUGA